AUGGACUUCUCAAACUCAUCUGAUCAAAAUUUUACCUCAGAGGAACUGUUAAACACAAUGCCAUCCAAAAUCCUGGUAUCUCUCACUCUCUCUGGACUGGCCCUGAUGACAACAGCCAUCAACUCUCUUGUGAUUGCUGCAAUUAUAGUGACCCGGAAGCUGCACCACCCAGCCAAUUAUUUAAUUUGCUCUCUGGCAGUCACUGAUUUUCUCGUAGCUGUCCUGGUGAUGCCCUUCAGCAUUGUGUACAUUGUGAGAGAGAGCUGGGUUAUGGGACAAGUGGCCUGUGAUAUUUGGCUGAGUGUUGACAUUGCCUGCUGCACAUGCUCCAUCUUACAUCUUUCUGCUAUAGCCUUGGACCGGUACCGGGCAAUCACAGAUGCGGUUGAGUAUGCCAGGAAAAGGACUCCCAAGAAUGCUGGCAUUAUGAUUGCAAUAGUUUGGAUUAUAUCUAUUUUUAUCUCAAUGCCGCCUCUAUUCUGGAGGCACCAAGGAACUAGUCGAGAUGAUGAAUGCAUCAUCAAACAUGACCACAUUAUUUCCACUAUUUAUUCAACAUUUGGGGCUUUCUACAUCCCGCUAGCAUUGAUUUUGAUCCUCUACUACAAAAUAUAUAGAGCAGCAAAAACAUUGUACCAUAAGAGACAAGCAAGUCGGAUUACAAAAGAGGAGUUGAAUGGCCAAGUCCCCUUGGAGAGUGGUGAGAAAAACACUAGACUGGUCUCCACAGCCUACAUGGUGGAAAAGUCUUUAUCUGAGCCAUCAACAGAUGCUGAUAAAAUCCACAGCACAGUGAAAAGUCCCAGGUGUGAAUUGAAGUAUGAGAAAUCUUGGAGACGGCAAAAAAUCUCAGGCACUAGAGAACGCAAAGCAGCCACUACUCUGGGAUUAAUCUUGGGUGCAUUUGUAAUAUGCUGGCUUCCUUUUUUUGUGAAAGAAUUGAUUGUUAAUGUCUGUGAAAAAUGUAAAAUUUCUGAGGAAAUGUCAAAUUUUUUAACAUGGCUUGGAUAUCUCAAUUCUCUUAUAAAUCCUCUAAUUUAUACAAUCUUUAAUGAAGACUUCAAAAGAGCAUUCCAAAAACUUGUGCGAUGUCAAUAUUAG